AUGGCAUCGAUAGACUUCGGUGGCAAGAACAAUCGACUCUAUAUCGCAAAUAACCCCGGUUGGCCUCUACUGCGACCGGAAACUCCACCCGGCCCUCUAUCAACUAUCCCGUUCCCUCGGGAUCCGGACUUUGUCAGUCGCGACAUACUACUUCAUCGGAUCCACGAGAAAAGCUCAGUGCCAGGGUCGAGAAUCGCGCUGGUUGGCCUUGGAGGUGUCGGAAAAUCACAUCUUGCCAUCGAAUACGGCUACCGGGUUCGGUUUGAGUCGCCAGCAACAUGGGUCUUCUGGGUUCAUGCGGACAACGAAGCCCGGUUCGAGCAAGGUUUCAGGGAUAUCGCAAACCAGGUUAAAAUUCCAGGUCGUCAGGAUCCUAAAGUUAACAGGUUCGCACUGGUUGAGAACUGGCUCCGGGAUGACAACAGAGGAAAAUGGCUAUUGAUCCUUGAUAAUUUCGAUGACGAUCAACUUCUUUACCAAGAUCCGAUAAACAGCCGAACAGACGCCUUGACAAAACCACUCUGGGAAUAUGUUCCUAAAAGUCGGAAUGGAUCUGUGAUUAUCACGAGUCGGACCAAAGAGGUGACGUUGAAGAUAGUCGACCAUAAGGACCUUAUCGAAUUAGUGAACGCGUUGGAGUUCAUGCCGUUAGCGAUUGUACAGGCCGCUAGCUAUAUACGAAAUCGGGCACCUCGCUGUUCGGUAUCGAAAUACCUAAAAGACUUCCAGGGCAGUGACCGUAAAGCAACAGCGUUAUUGAUACAAGAGGCAUAUCACUCCUCCCGGGAUUGGGAAGCAAAGAACUCAAUUCUGCUGACGUGGCAAUUAUCAUUCGAUUAUAUACGCCAGACCAAGCCAUCUGCAGCGGGAUUGCUUUCUCUUAUGAGCUUUUUUGAUCGGCAAGGAAUACCAGAGAGCCUUAUCCGGCAUCGACCUAAGGCUGCCUAUAUCUCUGAUCCAGAGCUCUCUGACGACCCUAGCGAUGGCGAGAUAUCUGAAUAUGGUGCUGACCUUGAAUUUGAAGAUAAUAUCAGAAUGCUGAGAAACUAUUCAUUUAUAUCUAUCAGCAAGAAUGGCACUUCAUUCAGGAUGAGCAGGCUAGUGCAAUUAAGUACGCACGCAUGGUUAAAAUCCCAUGGAGAAAUAGACCAGUGGAGGGAGAGGUUUAUCAGGAAUUUGUACCAGGAGUUUCCUAUUGGUCGAUAUGAAAAUUGGGGGAAAUGCCGGUCGCUCUUUCCUCAUGUUCGUUUAGCUAUGUCCCAACGGCCGAAAUCACCAGACUCUCUAUUGAAAUGGGCCACAUUACUUUAUAGAGGUGCAUGGUAUGCGUCGCAAAGCGGCAGCGUCACGGAGACAAGAGAAAUGGCAGUAAAAUCAAGAGACCAAAGAGUGACUUUACUAGGUGAAGAGCACAAAGAGGCUCUUGAUAGCAUAGCCAUGUUGGCAAUAGCAUACCGACUUGAUGGCCAGUGGGAUGAGGCUGAGCAACUUGAGGUGCAGGUUUUGGAGACUCGCAAGAUGACGCUCGGCGCGGACCAUCCUGAUACGCUGACAAGCAUGGCCAAUCUGGCAUCGACGUACCGGAACCAGGGCCGAUGGAAUGAGGCCGAGCAACUUGAGGUGCAGGUCUUGGAGACUCGCAAGAUGACGCUCGGCGCGGGCCAUCCUGAUACGCUGACAAGCAUGGCCAAUCUGGCAUCGACGUACCGGAACCAGGGCCGAUGGAAUGAGGCCGAGCAACUUGAGGUGCAGGUCUUGGAGACUCGCAAGAUGACGCUCGGCGCGGGCCAUCCUGAUACGCUGACAAGCAUGGCCAAUCUGGCAUCGACGUACCGGAACCAGGGCCGAUGGAAUGAGGCCGAGCAACUUGAGGUGCAGGUUUUGGAGACUCGCAAGAUGACGCUCGGCGCGGGCCAUCCUGAUACGCUGACAAGCAUGGCCAAUCUGGCAUCGACGUACCGGAACCAGGGCCGAUGGAAUGAGGCCGAGCAACUUGAGGUGCAGGUUUUGGAGACUCGCAAGAUGAACCUUGGCGUGGACCAUCCUGAUACGCUGACAAGCGUGGCCAAUUUAGCAUCGACGUACCGGAACCAGGGCCGAUGGGAAGAGGCGGAGCGGCUCGAGGUACAGGUUUUGGAAACUCGCAAGAUCAAGCUUGGCGCAGACCAUCCUGAUACACUAACAAGCGUAGCCAAUCUGGCAUCAACAUACCUGAACCAGGGCCGAUGGGAAGAGGCACAGCAGCUCGAGGUGCAGGUCUUAGAGACUCGCAAGAUGAAGCUUGGCGCGGACCAUCCUGAUACGCUGACAAGCGUGGCCAAUCUGGCAUCGACGUACCGGAACCAGGGCCGAUGGGAAGAGGCGGAGCGGCUCGAGGUACAGGUUUUGGAGACUCGCAAGAUGAAGCUUGGCGCGGACCAUCCUGAUACGCUGACAAGCAUGGCUAAUCUGGCAUCGACGUACCGGAACCAGGGCCGAUGGAAUGAGGCCGAGCAACUUGAGGUGCAGGUCUUGGAGACUCGCAGGCAGACGCCAGGGCUAGAGGAUCUCCAUACUCUAGACUUCUCCUCAGAGGCUCCCAUACACAAUAGAUAUGUGGGUUUGGUGGACUCGGAUUCCUCCAUUGAAAAUGACUCAGUGUUUUCUGCUCCAUUCUCCAUCCCUAGCACCAGAUCAUUGGAAUCUGCAAGAGGGGAGAUGAAUUCGCUGUUAAUCCAAGAGUUUGCAAACUUGUUGAUUGAAGAUGGAGCCAUGUUUUCUUUACUUUUGAUCGGCGUAUCAAAAGACUCGGUCGGAUUCGAGAGGAUGCGAAACAAUUUUCGCAGAUUGUUGAAACACUUUGCGAAUAACCUCAAGGCAGAGAUCCUCAAUGGAUCACACCAAGACCUAAGGAGAUUCAUAAGCUCAUAUUCGGCCAUGAUCACCCGCGAGGUCUUUGCUAUGGUACCCAUCGACGAGCGGCCAAACAUCAAACCUCACGAUUUAGAAACAGAAAAUCGAAUCACAUCUGUUGAAAAACGCCUAGCUGACGAGAGCAAAGUGGAAUCUUAUCUUCAAAGUCUACACAGAAGUGGCGCUGCUCCUCAAACAAGUGAACUUAUCCAGGUACUUGAUCCUGAUGAUGAGGAAAGUGACCAAGACUCCGUGGCAGAGGAAGCUGGUGAGGAUGACCCGUAUGAGGGAAAUUUGCAAAACUUGCAUCAAAUGAAGCAUUUUAUCUUGGAAAGUACCGCCUAUCAAAUCCUUCAUCGUCGGCUCGGGGAUUUUGUUGAACCUUCGCUGAACUCCAGAUUUCGGGAUCUGGUGAUAAGGUGGUCAAAUCCAGAACAUAAGAACCAUGCCGAUGCUGUUCGGUAUAAAUUACGGAAUCUUGCUACAGAGUUGCAGCACGUGAGCCCCUUUGGGAUUCAGUUUGAACGUGACGAAAUCAGUUCUCCAUUUUUCAGGUUCAUGAGCCACUGUCAGCAUUUAAUUGAGCGCUGGACUGGAGAGCAUUGGGAUUGGUGGCCAUUACCUCGCUGUCUGAGACCACUUGCAGAAUCGGAGACACGAUUACGGUGGGAGUGCAUCCAGACCUAA